AUGGUCAGAAACCGAAGGACACUCCGGAGCUAUGUUGCCUCUGCAUUGUGGCUGCGCAGCGAUGGCGGUGGAGCUGGUAAGCCGAGCGCCAGUCCGGAUGCCUUCUCCUACCAUUGCGAUAUGGUUUUCUCCGAGCCGGUCGGUGGCAUGGUCUGGGGUAUUGCCGCCGAUCCGAGACACAAGCUGCUGAUUGCUCCAGCGCUCGAUCACAUGGUGUAUGCCUGGAACAUGACUGGCGAGCCUGCUCUGUGGGAGAGGCACAUGCUGCAUGAGCACAAGGAUGAGGUUUGGAGAGUCGCCGUUCAUGCAGAGCAGCCAGAGCGUGACGGUUCUUCAAAACCACGCUUUCUUACGGGAUCGUUGGAUGGUUCCGUGCGGGUCUGGAGCAGGACGGACACCGGGUUUCGGAGCGAGAUCCUGUACAACUCCAGUUACAUGGUGACUGCGCUGGCAGCCUCAGUGUGGAUCGCGCACGGAGACAAGAGUGGCCUGAUCGGCAUCUGGUGGAGAUCAGACACCUGGUACCGAGCAUUGCAGGCAGACGACGUCAUGAUUCAGGCGCUUGGCUUCACAUCUCAGAACCUUUUGAUCGCGGCUUCCGAUGAUGGGUGGGUGCGCGUCUGGAACGUGACCGCUGGCCAGGUGGACCGCGCCUGGCGGGCCAACAACGGGAGUGUCGUCAGUGUUGUCAGCUUGGGGGAUCAGCUGGCCACGAGCGGCUAUGAUCGCAUUGGGAUCCGGGAGCCAUGGUCGCUGAAGCUGUGGGAUCUGGAGACGUCGCAACUGCUUUCAGCGACUGGCAAGUUUGGCGUUGUGACGCACGUGGUGAGUUUUGGCCAGGACCAGAUUGUACUGGGCGGCCCGGGGCAUGUGGUUUUCAUCGUACUUCUGCCAGCAUGGGAAGUGGUCCAUACCUUGAAGGGAGCUGAAGAAGCGGUCCAAGCGCUGCAUACAUUUGACGGUUUCAUUGCCAGCGGCAGCGCUGAUCGGAUAGUGAGGCUGUGGCGGUGCAAGCGCACAGCCUGUGAUUUCAGCGACGACUUCACAGGUUUGUGGCAGCGGCCGGAAAAGGGAGCUCGGGAGAGAGUGGAAGAGAUCGGUGAGCAAGCAAAGCAAGAGGCAAAGAUGGAAGCAACCAUUGCGAAGCUGAACAGGAUAUGGUCCGCAGUGGAAUUCGUUUAUGAGAAGCACAAAGGCACUGAUGUGCUGCUCAUGCGACUGCGCGACGAAGAUGUGGAGAUCCUGGAAGAGAACCAGGUUCAGGUGCAGAAUAUGUUCGCUUCGCGGUUCUUAUCAACUUUUGAGACGCAGGUCGCGGGCUGGCAGAAGACGCUGGCGAACAUCAGCGAGACGACGAAUCUCCUGGGAGAGGUGCUGCGCACUUGGGAUUUCUUGGAGAACUUGUUCAUCCAUUCCGAGGAAGUCAAGAAGGAGUUACCGGAUGAGUCGGAGCGAUUCCUGGAGAUCGAUGAUGACGUGAAGCAGCUUCUCCGUCGCGGCUUCGAGGCACGUUUUGCCAAAGUCUUCUGCGCGGAUCCCGGCAUCUACCAGAUCUUGGAGAAGACACAGACGCAGCUGUCCAUGUGCGAGAAGGCUCUGAAUGAGUUCAUGGAUGGAAAACGUCAAGCGUUCCCUCGGUUCUACUUUAUGUCUUCUGCCAACUUGCUGGAUGUCCUGAGCAAUGGGAACAAUCCUGCACGUGUCGUGCCUCAGUUUCCCAAGUUCUUCAACGCAAUCGAGAAGUAUGAUUUGGAGUACCCUGAUGGCCCUGGGACGCGACCGGUGGCGACUGGCAUGCACGCGUGCAUCGGCAAGGAGUUUGUUCCCUUUCCAGAACCGCUAUUGCUGAACGGGAAGGUCGAGGUCUAUUUGGAGCGAUGCAUCGAGGCCUUCCGUGGAGCUCUGCGGCACUUCGCCAUCCGAGACCUGCGCAGCUAUGCAGAGCAGGACUGCGAGGCAGACGGCGUUGCCCGUGGUAGGUGGCUUUUGGAGGUGAAAGCGGCGCAGGGUGCGUUGCUGGUGCAGCUGAUCACGUGGGUCCAACUCGUCGAAGGUGCAUUUCAGGUACCACCUGAUCCUGAUGACGAUGACGAGGUUGCAGAGGAAGUGGAGCAGAAGGUGAUGGAAGCCUGGAAGAAGCAGCAAGAACUCCUCCUCGACCUCAUCCGCCUGACGCAGACGGACCUCACCAAGCCCGACCGGCAGAAGGUCAUGUGUGCCAUCACUUUGGAUGCCCACAAUCGCGAUGUUCAGGAGCGUUUGGUCAAAGACAGAGUCACAUCGGCCGAUGCUUUCCAGUGGCAGAGCAUGCUGAAGUGCUACUGGAUUCUGGACACCCCUGGCGAGGGCACAGCACAGAUGCAGAUCUGCGAUGCUCGCAUUUGGUAUGCCUACGAAUACUUGGGAAAUGGACCACGCCUGGUGGUCACGCCCCUGACAGACCGCAUCUACGUCACUGCCACGCAGGCCUUGCACCUCAACAUGGGCUGUGCACCUGCCGGACCAGCCGGCACGGGCAAGACUGAGAGUACAAAGGACCUGGCAAACGCCCUGGCGCGCGCAUGCUAUGUGAUUAACGCGGCACCGGAGAUGGACUACCUAACGCUGGGCAACAUCUUUAAGGGUCUGGCUGCAAGCGGCUCGUGGGGCUGCUUCGACGAGUUCAAUCGGCUGGUGCCAGAAGUGCUUUCCGUUUGCACUGUGCAGUUCAAGGCCGUGUGUGAUGCGCUGCGAAACAAGCUGGAUCGGUUCUUCCUUCAAGGCGAUGAGAUACACCUGGACAGGGGAGUCGGCGUAUUCAUCACCAUGAACCCUGGUUACCUGGGCCGGUCGGAGCUGCCUGAGGGAUUGAAGGCGCUGUUCAGACCGAUCACAGUCAUGGUACCGGACUUCAUGCUCAUCAUGGAGAACAUGUUCAUGUCAGAGGGCUUCUUGGAUGCCAAAAAUCUGGCGCUGAAGUUCUCCACGCUCUACGCCCUGAAUAAGGAUCUCCUGUCGAAGUCCAACAAGUAUGAUUGGGGAAUGCGGGCCAUCAAGUCAGUUCUUGUGGUCGCAGGAAGCUUUAAGCGAGCCGAUCCCAGCUUGUCCGAGCAGGCAGUACUGAUGAGGUCUCUUCGGGACACCAACGUGGCUAAGAUCGAGGGAGACGACCUCAAGAUUUUCAUGGGCUUGCUGGCAGACCUUUUCCCCGGAGUGCAGGUUCCGCGGGCACGAGACUACGACUUCGAACAGGUCUGUGUGGAGGUGAUGGAGAGUGACUUCGGCUACACCAACGAUCCUGAUGGGUAUCUGCUUCUGAAGAUCUCCCAGCUUAUCGAACUCUUGGAGAUUCGGCACUCCGUCUUUUUGAUGGGUGUGGCCCUGAGCAUCACAGCAGCUCUUCCUUGCCUUCGUGACAAGACCACCGUCGUGGACUUCAGCCCGAAAGCCAUCACCACCAACGAGCUUUACGGAAGUGUGAACAUGUACACGCGCGAGUGGAAAGACGGCAUCCUCUCCAAGACCAUGCGCGACCUGGGGCUGGUUCCAGAUACUCACCCGAAAUGGAUCAUGCUGGACGGUGACUUGGAUGCUAACUGGAUUGAAUCCAUGAACAGCGUCAUGGAUGAUAGCAGGCUCCUAACUCUCCCCUCGAACGAGCGAAUUCCGCUCAAGAUGCAUAUGAAGAUGAUCUUCGAGAUUCGGGACCUGAAUUAUGCAACCCCUGCCACAGCAACGAGAGCCGGCAUAGUGUGCAUGUCGGACAAAGAGGGCGUCCAGUGGCAAUGCUAUGUGAAUUCUUGGAUCAAGAAGUGUGCAUAUCCAGAACCCUUCAAGGAGCAGCUUGCACUCCUCUUCGACAAGUACUGCUCCACUACCCUUGCCUGGAUACGCAAGUCUGCCAAGAUUCAGGUUCCCUACGUGGAGGUUGCCCUGAUCUCCGCGCUGUGCAGCCUGCUGGAUGCCCGCCUGCCCUCCCACAAUCUGGAGGCAGAAGCGGAAGUUGACCUGGCCGUGGAGGCUUGGUUCGUCUUCUGCACCAUCUUUGCCACCGGCAGCAGUCUUGCCGAAGUUGAUGGAAUCGACUACCGGAAGGCUUUCAGCACCUGGUGGAAGAACGAGAUGAAGACCAUCAAGUACCCGACGAAGGGGCUCGUGUUUGACUUGUAUGUCCGGGAUUCGAGGCUGGAGGAGUGGGGCAGCCUCGUCGAGCCCCUGCAGUACCGAAGCACAACUCCCAUGGGGGAGGUCACUGUGCCGACUACGGAAACGGUCUGCCUGGACUACUUCAUGAAAGCAUUGAUUGAGGUGAACCAUCCGGUGAUGCUUAUUGGUCUCGCUGGCUGCGGCAAGACGCAGUCCUGCACUGGUCUGUUGAAGCGGCUGGAUCAUGAGGUCUUCAUGGGCUACAAGAUGAACAUGAGCUACUACACGGACUCCACCAUGCUUCAAACGAUGAUGGAGAUUCCGCUUGAGAAGAAGGCGCCACAACAGAGAAGUAUGCGCUUUGCACAUCCAUCCACAGCAAAGCCGAGAUCUUGA